CAAGUAGCACCAGCUGUAGAGUGGAGAGGGAGGGAGGGAGGGGAGCCCAUAUUUAUUGCAACAGUAGAGCUGCUCCACUUACACUGGAGAAGAAGGAAGAGAAGAGGAGCAGCAAGAGAGGAGAAGGAGCUGUUGCUUGCUCGCUCGCUCGCUGCCCCAGGGGCUCAUUACUCAUUAGCGCAGUUAUUGCCACCCCUGUUCGGUGUGGAGACACGCUCCAUCUAACAGUAAUGGAGAGGAUGCAGCUGCAAGGCCCCAUCAUCACCUCCCUGUGCUGGGCGGACCAGGCGGCGGCGAGCGCCAGCGCCGCGCAGGUGCCUUUCUUGGCGCUGCUCCAGGGCGCCGCCAUGGGGGACGGCGGACCAGGGGUGAAGCGGGAGUCCUACGGAGCCGCCGCUGGCUUCGCGUGCCGGCCGGCUGCGUCCGACGUCGACCUGCUCGAGAGCUGCGUCACGCAGCUGCCGGCGCCCCCGGUGGUCGAGGCGCUGGCCGCGAAGCGGAGGAAGCGGCCGCGGACGCGCCCGCGCGCGCCCCCGCCGGAGAAGCGCAAGAAGCCGGAGGAGGCCGAGUGCCAGCGGAUGACGCACAUCGCCGUCGAGCGCAACCGCCGCCGCCUCAUGAACGACCACCUCGCCUCCCUCCGCACCCUCAUCCCCUCCGAUUACAUCCCACGGGGUGACCAAGCGACGGUGGUGGGGGGAGCCAUCGACUACGUGAAGCAGCUGGAGCAGCAGCUGGUGGCGCUGCAGGCGUUGGCGGCGGCGCAUCGCGGCGAGGGGCCCGUGGGGACGGCGGCCACGGCGGCGUCGGACGGCGUGUUCGUGUCGCCGCAGUACACGAGCUUCUCCCAGGCCGGCGGCGUCGGCGGAGGCGUGGACGUGGAGGCGAUGGCCGCGGUGGGGGGCCACGUGCGGGUGCGCGUCGCGGGGAGGCGGUGGCCGGGGCGGUUCGUGCGCGCCGUGGCCGCCAUGGAGAACCUCCGCAUGGCCGUGCUGCACCUCGCCGUCACCUCCGUGGGCCACGACGCCGUGGUCUACUGCUUCAACCUUAAGAUGGAGGACGGGUGCGAGGUGUCGACGGCGGACGAGGUGGCCACGGUGGUGCACCAGAUCUUCGCCUACGCCGCUGGCUCAUGCUGCUAGCCGAGGCGCGCACCGGCCGGACGGCGAGUGGGCGACGACGACGUCGACGCCGAAGCUAACGUACUACCCCGUAGUUCAAGGAGCCUGAGCGAGCAGAUGGGCACGCAACACGUAGUAGGCGACGAUAAGUCAAAGUGGCAGAGCAGAUGAGCACGGAGACGGAGGAGGCCGCGACGGCCAUGGCGUCAGAGCACGGCGGGCCCGCGGCCACGGCUGCAUGCUAGCUCUACUGCCGCUAGCUAGCCUGUAGUAACAUGCACGGCCGCUGCUCACCCGGCCGGCCGCGGCAGGGGAGAAGAGCAAGCAACAGUGCGUCUUUUUUCCUUUUUUCCUCUUCUUCUUCCUCGGCCCUCGAGCCUCGCUUUGCGCUCCGGUCGCCGUGUGGUUACAUCCAUCCAUUCUCUAUCGUACGUGGUACGUACUACGAUUCUGA